AUUUGUUGGCAGCCAUCUUUGAAUUGUGCUUUUGCCCCAGCAUUCGAUCAAUUACGUUUUGCUGCGCAAGGCUUUCAUGCUGCCGUUUAAGGUUUCAGGAGAAUGUGGUUCCAGCUCGCAGAAAAUCAAUCUAUGAGGGCUCUCCGCUGAUCUGUUGAGUCCCUAAUGCCUAGUGCAAGUGUAAGCAUCCUUGUUUAACGUGGGCAUGUGUUGCCACCUUCAGGCUUAAGUCCAGCUUUCUACUGUGCAAGUUGUACAAGAGCUGGGGAUCGUUUUGGCUGGUUUCUCUGCAACUUUUUAGAGUUGCUCAUAGAUAUUUGGUUGAUCAAAAGUUACAAGCAGAGACGAAUCAAUAGGAAUGGGGGACGAGCGCGAGAAAGUGGUAGGGAGUUUGGGGAACGGCCUGCAAGUGGAGAUGGAGAAGGUCGAUUUCGAGCCCAGGCUCGACACCAAAGAAGACAGACUCAACGAUGGCCAUGCGUAUAGCGGCUUGCUGACGACUGACGCGUACAAGCGCAAGCGAGAGGCGCUCCAAAAAACCAGUCACGACCACCAUGACGCGGUUCGGAGGAAAGUAGCCGAGAUUGUGGCUGCAGACCAAGCAGCUGCAGACAGGGAGGCUCAGGCGAGAAAGGAGCGUGAUGAAAAGAGGAAGGCUAAGCUGCAGGCAGAGCUGGCCUCCAAGUCGGAAAAAGAGGACGACAAGGCGCAUGCAGAUAGUGCCCCGCCUUCAAAGAAACGAAAAGAGAAGAAAUCAGCACCAAAGGUUGGAGCUCUGUCGUUUGACGACGAGGAUGAUGGUGGUUAGCAAGGACUUGGGACAGUGUCCGGGUUCUCAUAUUUCUUUUCAAAAGUGCCGGCGGCUACCGCAACUUGUGUUGCUUUACGCGGUUGCAUGACUCUGAGCCGUUACGGUAAUCUCAAGGCUCCCGAACGUUGGCUGGACACGAAUCAUGCAUGGUACUUGACCGGAUCAUUUGACCGC